AGGAUCUAAGUUAUACAUGAGAAAAUAGAGAAAAGAAAAAAAGGUAGAUACAAGAUUACUUAAAAUGGGUGUUGUGUUGGUUAGGGAAGACGUUGGCAUCAGUCGCCGGUGGAGAGGUCUGUCCAAACCCUCCCGACUCUCUAACGAAUUAUUUAUUUUAUUUCUUUUUCAUAUUUAUGUAUAUAUAAAAGUUAUAUAAUAGACUAUAUAUACAUGUAUACGUGCGGUUGCUCUUCACCUUUCUUCUUGUUCCCACAUACCCAUCUUCCCCAACCUUUCCCUAAGAAAAAAAAACUUAGGGUUUUAAAUUCCGAUAUUUCAGACAUAUGUAUAUAUGUUGUUGAUAUAGUUAACAUCUCUGUGUUUUCUCGUCUUAAUAUACUUCUUUGUUCUUGUAUUGGCUUCAAUCGGUACACUUAAAAAGGUGUUAGGUAGUUAAUAGAUCGGUGUAAAGAAAGAAAAAGAUCAUGUGUAGUCGAGGCCAUUGGAGACCAUCAGAAGACGAGAAGCUCAAGGAUCUGGUCGAACAAUAUGGUCCUCAUAAUUGGAACGCCAUAGCCCUCAAGCUCCCUGGUCGAUCUGGUAAAAGCUGUAGAUUGAGAUGGUUUAAUCAAUUAGAUCCGAGAAUAAACCGAAACCCUUUCACGGAAGAAGAAGAAGAAAGACUUUUAUCGGCUCACCGGAUCCACGGGAACAGGUGGUCUAUCAUAGCUAGGCUUUUCCCGGGAAGAACCGACAACGCUGUCAAGAACCAUUGGCACGUCAUCAUGGCUCGACGCACACGUCAAACCUCCAAGCCUCGAACUCUUCUUCCCUCCAUGACUUCGUCUUCUUCUUUGAUGGCGAAUGAACAAAUCAUGAUGGGUUCUGGUGAUCGGAAGAGAAUACUCGGAGACGUUGUUAAUUACCCUUACCAAUUCUCGCAUAUCAAUCAUCUUCAAUUCCUCAAGGAGUUUUUCACCGGAAAGGUUACUUUAAAUACCAAAGCAAAUCAGAGUAAAAAGCCUGUAGAGUUCUACAAUUUUUUACAAGUAGAUACAGAUUCAAACAGGAGCGAGGUUAUUGAUCAAGAUUCAGACAAAAGCAACCCCAAUGACUCGGACAAUAAAAACGAAAAUCGUGUUCCUUUCUUCGACUUUUUGUCUGUUGGAAAGUAAUCUGCUUCUUAGGGUUAGUUCAUUUCCAGUAUAUCUGUAUAUGUACACAUGUAAGUCCUAAAUUUCUAGCUUAUAAACUAUAUAGUCCGUACGUAUACGUACGAGACUUUAGAUCAA